UGGAACUAAUACACCCAAUUCUACUUUUGAUUCUGUGUUGGGGAGUCCACAGAUCAUCUUCACAACUUUUGCUGCAUCAAAAAAGAAACUGGAUCAUUAAUUCCUUUACUAUUGAUGAAGGUUAUCAGGGACCUUUCCCAUAUUCACUGGGCAAAAUUGAGGUUGAGAAGGACCUCGUUCUUUUUAUGAUACAAGGAGAAGGUGUCGAUGAGGAACCAACGCAAGUGUUAGAAAUCAAUUCAUAUACAGGAGAAAUAAAGGUCCUCCGUUCGGUGGACUACGAACAAUAUAAAACUCUUAAGCUUAAAUUUAAAGCACUUGACAGAGAAAAACAUGAAAUAGAGACACAGCUCGGGAUUUAUAUAGAGAUUUUGGACACAAACGACAACCCUCCAAAAUUUCUGUUUGAAAAGUACACUUUCACCAUAAAAGAGUCAACAUCACAGGGCACUGAAGUGGGUAGAAUUCAAGCAACAGAUCAAGACAUAAGUGAGAUAUAUAACAAAGUUGACCUUAACAUAGUUUCAGUCGAACCUAAACCUAAGGAUCUUGAGUUCUACUUCAAAGAGAUCGAUGAGACAGGCAUUGGAGUCAUUUCUUUUAAAGGAUGUCUGGACCAUGAGACAGCUGAGAAAUACACCAUUAUAGUGGAGGCCAAAGACAAUGGAGAAAAACCACUAUCCAGCUCCUGCACCAUCAUAAUCAAUAUAGAAGAUGGAAAUAAUCACCUUCCUGUCAUCACACAGCAAACAGGCCCAGAAAAAGUGAAAGAAGGACAGACAAAUGUUCUUGUUUCACGUAUACAAGUUCAUGAUGAAGACACCAGAGGAACCCCAGCAUGGAGAGCCAAAUAUACAAUCCAAGGAGACACAAACAACAACUUUAGAAUAACUACAGAUCCUGAGACAAACGAUGGACUACUCCAUGUGGAAAAGGCUUUAAACUAUGAAGAUGGUGCUCUGAAGAAUAUAACUAUCACUGUAGAGAAUGAGAUCCCCUAUUAUUCAUGCAAAGUGGAAAAACGCAGCUCCAUUGGUCUUUGGAAAGUAGUUACCAUAUCUGGUUCCGCUGCUACUGGGUCUGCAAUGAGCUUCGUGGCUGGAACAGUUGCAUCCAGCCGUCAAGUGAUCGUGGCUGUUGAGGAUGUCAAUGAGCCUCCAGUUUUUGACAAGACUUCCAUAGAAACUGUGAUCACUGAGAAUGUUAAGGAAGGCCAAUACCUGGCAACACUCACAGCUAAAGACCCUGAUGUUGCCAACAAAAACACAUUUAAAUACAUUAUAGGACACGAUCCAGCUGGUUGGAUUAAAGUGGACCCUGACACUGGAAACAUAACAACAUCAAAGCCCUUGGAUCGAGAGUCAGAGUUUGUUAAAGACAACAUUUAUGUAGUCACAAUAUGUGCUGUUGACGAUGGGAAACCACAAAUGACAAGCACUGCAACUCUUAGUAUCUAUGUUAGAGAUGACAAUGAUCAUACUCCAUACCUGGUUGUAAGCACAAUUGAAAUGUGCCAAUCUGACGGACAAUCCUUUGCCAACAUCACAGCCUUGGACUCAGAUGUUGAGCCCUACAGUGGCCCUUUCACCUUCAAGCUCCAUGGAGAUGUUGAGGGCAAGUGGAAGAUUGACCCUGUCACUGGUUAUUCAGUCAACUUGGUUAAAGAGCCUACAGUUCAUUCCAAUCACCAUGAGCUGUCGCUAGAAGUUUCUGACCAACAGGGGAAAUCAGCUUUCCACAACCUGUCAGUUACUGUUUGCAGCUGCUUAGACUCAGAAACCCCAAACUGUCAUGUGAGGACAUCUGGCACCACACUAGGAGCAGGGGGAGUGGGAAUGAUUUUUUUGGCCAUGCUGCUGAUCACAGGUUUGCUACUUUUGGCUCUUCUGAUGUCCUGCAAAAAACAGAUCUUGGAAAUCAAAGAGGAUUUAUCUUCUGAACAACAACUGAUGAAGUCUAACACUGAGAAUCCAGGAACAGACUGUUUGGUGGCCAUUGUGAAUCAGAAUGGAAAUGCGAUGCAAGAAAUAUCUCAAGUUAAAACUGUGAAAAUGAGUCCAGCGUUUCUUCUAAAUGACUCAGAAACCAGCACAGAAUUCCUCAAGUAUCAAAAAGAAAGCUCGGUGGCACAACCUUUCAUUCGUGGAAGCUUUAUGCACAUGUCACAGCGGGGAUCAAACGUGGGAAUGGGAUAUCACCAGGGACAAUCUGUGAGUGGGCUGAUGAAUGAAGCAGUACAUGGAGGAUCACAAAUGAACUCACUAACCUCACAGUACCGGGGGGAAGGAUCAGGGUCAGCAUUUAUUCGUGGAACCAUCAUGCGGAAGUCACUGGGAGCAAUAUCAAAUAGUGGAAUGAAACAUCUCCAGUGGCAAUCCAGGCAUGGGCUGAUAGAUGAAGCCGUACGUGGAGCAUCACAAACCGGGUCAAUAAUCUCAGCUUUUCAAAGGGAAAGCUCAAUGGCACAAGGUUUUACUCGUGGAAGCUUUAUGCGCAUGAUUUAUAUGGGACUAGACCAACGAAACCAGCUACUAAAUGAGGUAAUACCAAAAAGGAUAAAUGCUCUCCAGGAACAAGGAAAGGAACUGGGCAAUUAUCUGCCUCGUGUAUAUAAUGAGGAGGGAGACACAGAGCAUAACUUUGAGCUUGAUUCAAUCUCCAUUGCUGAUGUUUCCUUUGACCCUGAAAUGGAUCUGUGUGACAAGUUCACUACUCUGGCCUCAGUCUGCAUGCCUAGUGAUGUCACCACAAUACAGAAAAUCCAAACAGCAACUCUUGUCCAAGAGGAAAGCCAUGAACUAAACUGGCAGAAACUCACAUUAAAUGAGGUUUACAUUUCACAAUAAAGUCACCAGACCUCAAGUAUAAGGUACAAUAUGAAAAGUCGUAAAUAUUUAUUCAGUUGUCUGGGAGCAUGGUAUGGUAAGAUGCAGUGUCAUGUCAUAAUGUUUACAAUAAAGACUGGGUAAUGCAAAAACUAAUGCAGAGGGGUGAAUAUGGUAUUUAUCAAAUCUGCUUAUUUGCACUUUGGGAAACAUACGAUCAAUUGUACUAAGAGGGUAAUGCUUUCUACUUUCGUUUGGGUUAUCUUGAGCUUCUGUUCUCAAAAGUGUUUUUUAAGGUCACUUUUUUAUCUUUUUCUAUUGCGAAAUAAUAUAUUUCAAGCGUGUGAACUGUUUUCUUUGUCCAUUAGAGGUUGUCAGGCCUUUAAAAAAACAGAGUUAAGCUUGAAUGCAUGAAUCUUAAAGGCAUGCAGGUGUGUCUUGUGCAAGUAAAAGCUUUCUCCAGAAUAAAUGAUGACUACCGCUGUAAUGUAAUUCCACGGUAUUUCCAUUUUGGCACGACAAACUUGUCAAACUUGUUCUCAUUUUGUUGUUUAGACUCCACGUUAUCAAAAGGUGCUGGCGUGGGCGUGCUCUCGGGUAUCUGUGGUUGUAUGGGUGUUUUCAUGUUUGUACAUGCAGGACAGUAAGUCUGCUGACUGCUUCGGUGAGGAGGAUGGUCGGCCUUCUCCCACACUGUCUGAGCAUCUGGGUGCAUCUAAUAAACUAGUUAAUAUGCUUCUAAGGAUCAUUGUAACCAUGUUUUAUGUGCAUCAAAUGUUUGUAUAGUGGUAAUACUA